GACUCAGAGGCACGCGCUUCCGGUGUUCCCAGGAAGUCAAGCGGCUUCAGGUCCCGCCCCAGUCGGAGGCGGAAGUGGAGCCGCAGGAGCUGAAUCGCGUCCGCUGUGCCUCUCCCCAUGGCCGCCUACUCCUAUCGCCCGGGCCCCGGCGCCGGCCCUGCUGCGGGCGCCGCGCUGCCGGACCAGAGCUUCCUGUGGAACGUCUUCCAGCGCGUUGAUAAAGACAGAAGUGGAGUAAUUUCAGACAAUGAGCUUCAGCAGGCACUAUCCAAUGGCACGUGGACCCCAUUUAAUCCAGUGACUGUUAGGUCAAUCAUUUCUAUGUUUGACCGGGAAAACAAGGCUGGUGUAAACUUCAGUGAGUUCACGGGUGUCUGGAAGUACAUCACAGACUGGCAAAAUGUCUUCCGCACCUACGACAGGGACAACUCGGGGAUGAUCGACAAGAACGAACUCAAGCAAGCUCUCUCAGGCUACCGGCUCUCUGAUCAGUUCCACGACAUCCUCAUCCGCAAAUUUGACAGGCAAGGACGAGGGCAGAUCGCAUUUGAUGACUUCAUCCAGGGCUGUAUCGUCUUGCAGAGGUUGACAGACAUAUUCAGACGCUAUGACACGGAUCAAGACGGCUGGAUUCAGGUGUCUUACGAGCAGUAUCUCUCCAUGGUCUUCAGCAUUGUAUAACCAGCCCUUGUGAACAGCAAGCACAGCAUGCAAAAAGACUGGAAAUGCCAAAUCCCUUACUGUGAUGAAACAGGACACAGAUGCAGUUAGAUACUGUUCUUCAUGUAGACUGUAUAAUUAAUACUUGGGGACCUGGCUGUACAUAUGUGAAUAAGCUGGUUAGUACUUUUGUAGUGGUAACCAUAGCUCACUGUUGUAAUACAAACCUUAGGAUUGCUGACUAAUUGUGCCAUGAGGUAAAACCUAAUAAUGGUUCAGGAUUCUGCUUGCAAACAAUGUAUCAUGACCUUUCUAAAUGUCUCUAAUAGUAUAGUUAAAAUGCCUUUACUAGCUAAUAAGAUUUUAAAAUAAUACGAAAUUUGCACAGAAAGCUUUUCAUGUGCCUUACUUUUUUUAAAAAAGAGUUUAUUGUAUUCUUUGGAAUAUGCAACACAAGCAAUAAAGUAAUGAUACAGA